ACACGCGCCGUCACCCUCCACAUAGCCUCCAAAAACCCUAAUCCCGCCUUCAUCUUAAAAACCCUAAAAGAGAAAUUUCGAAUCUCACACCGAAUCUCCCACGAUCGAACCGAAUCCAUUCCCUAGAUGCGCUCACUCCCGCUAGAUUCCAGUUCUCUUCAGUAGAUUUGGAGCUAAUCGAGGGGGCGAUGGCGAGCGAUUCCGUUGAGAUCGAGGAGAGGAAGAAGACGAUGUCCCCGUGGAAGAAGACCCCAUCGCCGCCGGAGACGGUGGCGGAGGAGGAGAACCGGCCUGUGAUGGGGUCGGAAUCUUGGCCGGCGCUUGCCGAUGCGAAGACAAAGGGAACGGUAGAGAGCGCUUCGAAGAAGACCGCGAUCCCGCCUCCGAUCAAUGCAGUUCCGGCAGCCGUGCCGGCGCCGCCUCCAGUGAAGGAGCACAUCUUUUUACAGGGAUCAGCUGGUCUGCGCAAAGGUGAUGUACCUGGAAAUGGCAACCCUGCCAACAAGCAGCGUUACCAGCAUUCUCAUAGACCUGGUCCAAAGCGUAACCCCCCUAUAAAUGGCAUGCCACCAUUCCCUGUUCCUUUGACUUAUCAUCAACAGCCAGGCCCACCAAUGUUGUAUGCUGCUGUACCUCCACCACCACCUUUUAUGGUUCAUGAGUUUGGUUACCCGGCACCAUUUACUACUGAACCCCACAUCAUGAAGUCUGGUGAAACUCUGAUGCCAGCUCUUAUCCCUACUGGUCAAGCAGGUGGAUUAAAUGGUGAUAGAAAUUUCCGACCGCCACGAGGGGGUUUAAAUAAUUGGCAUCCCUAUACCAGUCACCAUGGUAAUAGACCACAUAAUGGGCAUGAAGCUGGCCCUCAUCCUAAUCAGACAUGGCGUCAUCAACAAGCAUUCCGUCCAAGGGAUAAUAUGGAUAUGCCACCUGGUAUGACCCCUGGACAUAUCAUUAGGCCAACUCCACAGUUGCUUGGUCCGGCUCCAGGAUAUAUGAGUAGGCCUGGCUUCCCUGGUCCUGCUCCUAUGUAUUAUGCUUCUGCCCCUCCACCCCCGGAAAUGAUGAGGGGCCCUCCUCGCUUUGUUUUGCAUCCGCACCGUCCUUAUCCUCUUCCAACACAAGAAACACUUGCUUUGAGAGCUAAUAUUGUAAAUCAGAUUGAGUACUAUUUCAGUGAUGAAAAUCUCCAGAAGGACCAUUACUUGCUGCAGUUGCUAGAUGAGCAAGGAUGGGUUUCCAUAAAUAAAAUUGCAGAUUUUAAUAGGGUAAAGAAAAUGACAACCAAUAUACCUCUUAUUCUGGAAGCGUUGCAGAGCUCUAAUUCCAUAGAAGUGCAGGGUGACAAAAUACGGAGACGUAAUGAUUGGUCAAAGUGGACCCUAAUGUCUGGUCAUUAUGCAAAUUCUCAGCCGACACACGACCAAGUUUCUAGCAGUGGAAAGAGUACUGAGGUUAUCGACGAGAGCAGCAUUUCUGUUCCUCGUGACAGUAAUGGUCUUAAAGCAACCAAUCCAUCAGCUAGCAAUGCUUCUAGAGGGGAUGCUAAGAGUCACUUGGAGUGUGAAAUGGCUAACAAGAUCUUAUCUGCUGAUGAACCCCUAACAUGCAAUGGGGAAAGUGAGGACAAGUGCAGUAAAUUUGCAUCUGAACCAUUUGCAAAGAGUGACCUAAAUAUUGGAUGCAACUCUUUGGUAGAGAAUGUUUCAGGUGGCAACAUUUCUGCCAUUGGGAACAGUGGUUCAGAUAAUAAUCGAACCUUUGAAAGUCUGCAUCGGAAAGCACGUCUUUCUAGUCCUGACAGUCCUAAACUUGAGAACUUAAAGAUGAUAUCAGAUGGAUGUGGGACUUCAUCAAACCUUGGAGGACUCUUGAAUGGUUUCGAAGAUAACUGCCCUAGCUUCACAGGCGAUCCAAGUACAUUUUCGUUUGAUGAGGAGCUUGAACACGCAACAACUGAGAAAUACCAUUCUACAUUAAACAGAAGCAUUGACGAUGAGGAUGACAGGAUGGACGUCAAUGACCAAGAUGUGCAGAGGCUUGUUAUUGUUACCCAGGAAUCAAGAAUAGAUGGAAAUAAUAAAUCGAGCUUGGGGAAAACAGUGCCAAUUUCAAAUGAGCAAGCAGAUGCCAUCGAUGAGGCUCUCUAUUUCUUCGAGCAGCUGCAUACCGAGCGCUCUAGCCGUCAAAGGCAUAACUCAGCGACUGAAAUAAAACGAUGUUCUAAGCACUCAACCCACGAAAAUUCAUCUCCAAGUCAUACGUUGCAUGUGAACUUAGGUGGAACUGCAGAAUCUUCUCAUGCUUGCAAUUCGAGGCGGCAAAACAAAGGCAAUCAUAGGUUACAUUCUUCAAAUAAACAACGCUUUUUUCAUAGUAACUCUAGGAACCACAAUAACAGCAACUACAGCCAUCAUGGAAUUGUAUCAGAAAGUCCACCAGUUGGCUUCUUUUUUGGUUCAACACCACCUGAGAAUUGCAGCUCCUCACUAUCAAAGUUGAGCGCAUCUCCUCACGGAUUUCCUUCUGGGAGCAGUCCACCUGUGGGAUCUAUACCAAAAUCUUUCCCACCAUUUCAGCAUCCUAGCCACACGCUUCUGGAAGAAAACAAGUUUAAGCAGCAGAAGUAUCAUAAAUUCCAUAAGAGGUGUCUUAAUGACCGGAAGAAAUUAGGAAUCGGCUGCAGCGAGGAAAUGAACACUCUGUAUCGCUUUUGGUCAUAUUUCCUUAGAGACAGAUUUAAUGAAUCAAUGUAUAAAGAGUUUCAGAACCUAGCACUGGAAGAUGCAGCUGCCAAGUAUAACUAUGGUAUUGAGUGUCUUUUCAGAUUCUACAGCUAUGGUUUGGAGAAACAAUUCAGAGAAGAUCUUUAUGAAGAUUUCGAGCAUCUGGCCCUUGAUUUCUACCAUAAGGGCAAUCUUUAUGGUCUUGAAAAAUACUGGGCUUUCCACCAUUAUCGGAACAAGGACCAGCCUUUGAAGCAGAAUCCAGAGUUGGAGCAGCUGCUGAAGGAAGAAUAUCGAAGCCUGGAUGAUUUCAGAGCUAAGGAGAAAGCUGAGAAGGCAGUGGUGAAAGAAUGCGAAGCUAGCAAUAGUAGCAGCAGUGGUCCCUUUUGACUCUUCUUGGUGCUUAGAGCAGUCAGGCUAAAUGAAGAUAUCUUUUUAUUUUGAGUUAUCUGAGGAGUUAGCUUUGUGGAAUUCUUUUGGUUCUGGGGUUGUGAUGCUGAGGGUUUAGGUCAACAAUAGCUCUUGCAGAUUUUGUUGUGAUUCUGCUGCUAUUUUAAGUUGGUGGCUGCGUUGGGGAAUUCUUUUGUAUAUAUAUAACAAUAAUGGUGGAGUAUUUUUGAAACUGAGGAAAUUGGAAAAUAAGGGCUUGAAAAUUUAGCCGUGCGCUUAUUUUUCAUUUGAUGCUUGGAGCUCUACCAUUAGGUUGCUAAUGUUUUUCAUGACACUAUCAAAUUAGUGGUAGGAGACUUUAUAGACGACCAAUUGCAAGUUUUA